AUGUCUGGCUGGCCAGAAUUCGUCCGCGAUGUGCAGACGGGGUCGACCAAGCUGCCGCGGGGUCUGCCCCAGGUCAGGUCCGGGACCUUGGUCCUCGACGACCAGGUACUAGGACUUCCCGGGGGGGUACUCAGUCAUGUGUCGGUGCCCGUCCACUACCUCGACCUCAAUGGGGCGCAGGCCCACAGCCUUUCUGAGCUGGGAGGUUCCCCAGAGCUUUGGGCCGGCGUCACCAAAUUGUAUGCCAGCAAUGGCGCUCUGCGCAGCCUCCAGGGCCUGGAGCUGCUGUGCAAUGUGAGGUUCCUGUACCUGGACCACAAUGAGCUGCCAGAGAGGGAGCUACUCAUGCUGAGUGGGCUCCCUCGACACCAGCUGGAAUGCCUGGACAUCCAAGGGAACCCAGGUUUCACAGACGAGGUCAUGCAGGCGCUGAUGGAUGGUGAGGGGGGUCAGGCGGGCAGUACUAGGUGA